AUGGGUGAAUUCGAAGCUACCAAGCUCAGAGACCCCUACAUCUUUGUCAAGGCCGAUGACUUCUUUCAGGGCCUUGACUCCCCUUCUGGCGGAGUAAAGCAGCCUGCCGCUGUAUCCCUUCAGCCAUCAGAUCAAUUGCUGGACGAUGGCAAGCCAAACCCUGCUGUCAGCCAUGGGGCCAUCUUUCGCUUCAACGAUGAUUCCCUGCUCUUGGUCCAAUUCAUGCGACCUCAAGUCUGGAGAAUCCGGUUUGAUCCCAACAAUCGAAAGGGAUCUGAGUUCACAGACUACAACAGUCGCACGAUCAUUCGAGAUACCCUUAGCCUCCUCAUCAGCACUCUCGAUGCCGUUGAGAAUAUUGACUGGGCUGUUGAGAUCAUUGAAGAUCCCAAGUACUACAUCCUCCAGUCUGUUAUGAGCCCCAAGACAGACCAAAGACAGGUGAAGCUUCAACUAUGGGUUCAGCGGGACCCCUUUCAAAUCACCGCUGUCCGGGUCCUCAAGAGCCAGUCUCCGGUCGAGAAGCUGCCAGUUUUGCAGAGUCUUGAUGCCACCACCAGCGACAAGCUGAAGUUGCAGACUUCUCCGGGUGCUGAGGCUGCGGUCAUCUGGAAGACCAAACCACGCGGUCUUCAGUACCAAAACAAUGCAACUGUUCUCUCUGUGGAAAAGUCGGUCACGGCUGAUUUCAUGGGAUUCGGAGAGCAGGGAGGCAAGCAUCUCUUCAAGAAGAAGACAUACAUGAACUACUUCAACUUUGACAACAUGCGCUAUCAGAAUGUGUAUGGCCAAGGACCUCUUGAUGAUCGGGAGCCACUAUACCAUUCAGAGCCUUUCUGGAUCGAAGUUGACUCUCAUCCCGGAUACCAGUCUCAGCUUGCCACUUUCAUCGACAACUACUCUCACAUAUGUGUUGAUGUCGGUGUCAAGGACCAGAACGCGAUCCGAGUGGCUACCAGAUUCAACAGUUUCCACUGCAUCAUGGUGGCAGCUGACAGCAUGCAACAGCUCAUUCAAUCGUACACCUCCAUUGUCGGCACUCCGAGGCUCAAGCCACGAUAUGUGCUGGGGUACCACCAAGGCUGCUACGGUUACGACAACCAGGAGAUGGUCCUCGAAGCUGUUGAAGAAUACCGCAAGUGCGGUUUCCCGCUCGAUGGCAUGCACAUCGAUGUUGACAUGCAGGAUGACUAUCGCACAUUCACUAUCGACAAGAGAGACAAUCACUUCCCUGAUCCCGUCAACAUGUUCAAGAAGCUCCGAGAGAAGGGUGUCAAGUGCUCCACCAACAUCACUCCUUACAUUAACUCGAUUCCUAACCAGGAGUAUAACACUCUCAACGAGGGUCUUCAGAAGGGAUACUUCAUCGCCGACGAUCGAGACAUUGAUCCAUCAGCUCCCCAAGCCUACCAGCAGCGCUACUUGGGAUUCAGUGUCGGAAACCAGACCUUCAAAGCUCCACAGUACGACAAGCCGCCGUACUUCCAGUCAGAUGACUACGACUUCUCUCAGGUCUUCAACAGUGGGAAGCCGUUCCAUGGUGGUGUCUUCUACGGCUGGGGAAAUGGCCACCCAGGCCACUAUCCGAACCUGAACAACAAAGAUGUCCGCAAGUGGUGGGGGAAGCAGUAUCAAUAUCUCUUUGAGUGCGGCCUCGACUUUGUCUGGCAGGACAUGACGUCUCCUUGUAUCGCUGAGGAGUACGGAGAUAUGAAGUCUCUGCCCUUCCGACUGUUGCUGGACUCUGAUGGUUGGUCUGGAGAUCCGGAUCGCGCGAAGCAGAGAAAGGCGAUUGAGAUCUGGUCCCUGUACAGCUACAACUUGCACAAGGCAACCUACCAUGGCCUCGAAAACAUCUCCAAGCUCAGCCCUGAGCUCGCUUGGAGAGAGAACAGACGCAACUUCAUCAUCGGAAGAGGCAGCUUCGUUGGCAGCCACCGCUUUGCCGGUCUCUGGACCGGAGACAAUGCUUCGACCUGGGACUUCCUUGACAUCUCAGUUGCCCAAGUUCUAGCUCUUGGCAUGUCUGGAAUCACAAUCUCUGGCCAGGAUGUUGGCGGGUUUGAGUUUAUUGACGCUGAGCGAGACUACGCCAACCCUGAGCUCCUGAUUCGAUGGUACUGCGCAUACUCUCUUCUACCUUGGUUUAGAAACCACUACACUAAGAAGCGGUACUGGGUCGAUGGGCCCAAGCAAGGCCAAAUGAGAAAGGACGGGAAGCAGUUUCAAGAACCGUAUGCCUACCAGAAGCAUUACGACGAGAACAAGGACAAGUACCAGGGACGAGAGGCCAUGCUCUACCGAGCUGUUCUUCCUGUCUGCCGAUACUACAUCCGUCUCAGAUAUAGUCUCAUGCAGCUGAUGUAUGAUGCCAUGUUUGAGAACGUCGUCAAUGGUUUGCCGAUUGCUCGAGCAAUGGUCAUCACGGAUGAUGUUGACAGAAGUCUCUUCUCGGCAGACUACAUGGUCAGAAACGACUUGCUCGUGGCGCCAGCUCUUUUCCCGGAGAGCAAACGCCAAACCCGCAAGCUCUAUCUGCCAUAUCCUGACAAGUGGUAUCCCAUGAAUCUGCGUCCAGAUGACCCCAUCGGCGUUGCUCUGCCCGCUGCGGCGGAUGGCGGAAGUCGAAUCGAGUACAGUUGCCUCAUCAGUGAUCAGGACUCUCAGUUGCCGUACAUCACGCCCAUGUAUAUUCGUGAGGGAGCCAUCAUCCCCAAGAUCCAGGUCAGAGACUACAUUCCCGACCCAUCUCUCACUCAACAGCCAGCCAAUCCGAUCACCUUGCACAUCUACCCAGGGAAGAAGAGGCAAUACAAAAUGUACCUUGACGACGGCAUCUCCAGAGAGAGCGCGCCAGAGGCACCUGUCCCGGGGCUGAAGAUUGGCGACUCGAAAGCGGCGGGCAAGUACUGUGAAGAGACUGACAUCUCCAACCAAAACAACUCCGUCCAGUUUGCGCGCACGGUGACCAUCAGCUCGAAUUGGAACAAGUACGGCGACCUUUCGGACAUCGUAGGCUCCAAGUACACACUGGUCUUCUGGCACGACCCCUCUGCAAAUCUCAGCUCGGUCAAAGUCUCAUCGGCCAACAACAAGGUUGCAAGCGACACCAACAACAAUUAUCGUGCCACUAUCGUCACUCUGCCUGUUGCUGACGCUCACACUGAGCAUGGAGUCACUAUCCAGUUGACCCACGGAACCUUGGGCUAA